CCCAAUUGCUCAAGAAUUUGAUAAGAACAGUAUAAUAAAAAUAGGGCGAUUGAUACUAUCAACAACGAUUUUCUAGCCGGCCGACAUUGCGAUUUCGCUAAAAACUUCUGCUUUGAGUAAAAAAGAUUAUCUUUUCAGUAGUCUGUGUAAAAUCAUCAACGCCUCACCAAUUCAGAUAAAACCCACCAGAGCUCAUAAUCUUCUCAGUGUCACUCCUAAAAAUAUGUGGAUUGGUUGGGCGUAAUGUGAAACAUUCAACUCUGUUAGUCUUCCUCUCUUCUUGCUUCUCCGUUUUUGCUCUAAUUAUUGUGGAGUACUGUACAAUUUUUUUCUGUUUCUGUGUAAUGGCGGCAUGGUAGAUACUUCUAGAAUUUUCUAUAACUUCGUUUCUAAAUUUUGCCUGUUGCUGGGUUUUGUGGUGUGGAGAGAAACAAUUAUGCUUAAAUAAAGUUGGGAGACAUGUUUUGGGCCAUUUUAUUGUUGAUGAACUACACCAGUUUCAUUAAUCUUGGUAAAUUCACAAAAUCGUGAUGAAAUGUAAGAGAAAUUGAAGUAUUCAUGAGAUUAGGGUGAUGGUAAACCCUAAAAUUAUUGUCUUUUCUUCUCAAUAUAUUUGGUACUACUUCUGAAAGAACUUGCUAGGGAUUCAAUUUUGUUUAGUUGGGACAUACUUUAGAAAGUUAAAACUCAAGAUAUUGUUUGUGAUGUGUUCAUUUUUUGAGUGUUUGACUUUCUGAGUAAUGGUGAUGGGAAUGUUUCUGUUGUGAGUUUGUAUGUUAGUCACAAGGAAUCGAGGAUUUGGUGAUGCAUGGGGCCUAUUUUGUUUGAACUUAGACAAAUAGUCCUUAAUUUGAUUUUUAAAAAGUGAUUUUCAGUUUAAUAUGCUUAUGUUACAAGAAUUCAAAGUAUGUGCUCUGUGUAUUAUAUUAUGUAGAGAUUUCAGAAAUGUAGAGUUUCCUGGACAGUCGUGUUGUUCCGUCACAUAAAUUGUUGUUUGGAAAAAUAGGUAUGACCAUUACAAUCAUCCAGCUGGAGUUUUAGCCUUCUUUAGACGAAGCACCGAACACUUUUAUUGUGCUUCAUGAGUAAUAUGAAGCAAAGAGAACAUCAUGAAAUUCCUUGCAGUUUAAAUAUAGAGGUUGACACAAUAAGCAACUUACCGGGGCACAUUGUUGACAAAAUCCUGUCGCAUUUACCUCUGAGGGAUGCUGUUCGAACAAGUAUUUUGUCGAGCAAGUGGAGAUACAGAUGGGUUACCCUCCCUUAUCUCGUGUUUGAUAAUCACUCUGUUUUAGUCUCCACCCAAGAUCAAACACUUACAAAGAACAAACUAGUGAGUAUUGUUGAUCAUGUCCUACUGCUUCACAAUGGUCCGAUACACAAAUUUAAGCUUUCCCAUAAAGAUCUCCAAGGUGUUAGCGAUAUUGAUAGAUGGAUUCUAUACCUAUCAAGGGGUUCUGUGAAAGACUUUAUUCUUGAAAUAUGGAAAGGUCAUAGAUACAGGCUUCCAUCGUCUAUAUACUCAUGUCAAAAGCUCGUACACUUGGAGCUUUUUAACUGCCUCUUAAAACCUCCACCACUCUUCAAUGGCUUUAAGAGCUUGAAAAGCCUUGAUCUUCAGCAUAUCACGAUGGACCAAUUGGCCUUUGAGCUUAUGAUAUCAAGUUGCCCCUUACUGGAGAGGCUGACAUUAAUGAACUUUGAUGGCUUUUCCCUUCUUAAUAUUCACACUCCAAAUCUCCUUUUCUUUGAUGUUGGAGGUGUGUUCGAAGACGUCAGUUUCCAGGAUACUCUCCAUCUUGCCGUUGUUUCUAUUGGUUUGUAUGUUAAUUCUGGAAUUGAGAGGAAUCUAGCUUUUGGCAGCACGGGGAAUUUGAUUAAAUUCUUUGCUUGUCUACCCCAUAUUCAACGGCUUGAGGUGCAAAGCUUUUUCUUAAAGUAUUUGGCUGCUGGUAUUAUUCCUGGAAAACUACCAUCUCCGUGUCUUGAGCUUAGUUUUCUUUCAAUUCGCAUCAAUUUUAAUGAUAUGGAAGAGAACUUGGCUGCUCUUUGCCUUUUGAGAAGUUCUCCCAAUCUUCAGGAGCUUGAGCUACUGGCUCGCCCAGAGGAACAGGUUACUGCUAGAAUGGCUUCUAAAAUCUCAGACAUUUUUCAGAACUUCCCUUUCAAUCAACUGAGGCUUAUUAAGAUUGUUGGAAUUUCUGGCAUUAGACAAGAACUCAGUUUCAUCAACUUCUUGCUUGCAAAUACACCUGUUCUUGAACGAAUGACUGUGAAACCAUCCUCAGUGGAUAGCGGAUGGGAUUUGGUGAAGGAGUUACUCCGCUUUCGACGAGCUUCCAUGUUUGCAGAGAUCAUUUAUCUCGAUCCAUAGGGCAGUCGACCAUGGUAAUAUGGUAUAACCACAUUAAAGCAGCCGAUAAAUUUCUUCUUUUAAUAUGAGCAUUUCAUGCUGUUGAAAGAGAAGGAGACAUCAUUAUUAUCCAUUUCAUUUUCUUCUAAGUAUCUUGUUACUUUUGAAAUAUUGGAAUGUAUGAUGGCUUGCUUGGAAUUGGUUGCUGUUUAUGUCUAGGAUGCGUGCUGUGACUUUUGUUUUUUUACUUUUAGUGAAUACAGUAUUAUUUUGAAAAA